UGUGCGAGCGCGCGGGUCCCUGUGUGUGUGUGCGUAUGUUUGCCGCCAAUUCUUUGUAAUGAAAUUAUUAAUAUUCCACGCUGGCUUAUCGGUGCUUAAUCUUCUCUCUUAAAGCGAGCAUUCAUUCGCUCGAUCGUGUAUCGCCUAUUUAAGGCCUAUUAUUAAUAACAAACCUUUGGACCGAUAUUUCUAAGCUAAUUCGAUGCCGGGAAAAAUAAAUAAUUUGGUAUGAAACUUGUUUUUAUAGAACGUUGUUUUCCAAAUAUAACUCUUCCUUGCACUGCGAUAAAAUGUGAAGAGAUAAGUACGAUUUAUGAUCAAACGAUGGAGCUUCGUUGAUCUUAUAUAUUUCCCCCGAUGUGAAGUGUUGGCACGACAAAAAUCCAAAUAAAGUUUUGGUAUUAAAUUAUAGUACGCGUCCAAACCUGAGUUGAAUUUAUUCUACGCUUAAUAAUCAUUCAUCAACUAACCUUUUAAACCCUCAGGCGCUUAUUAAAGCAAUUCUUACUUUUGAAAAUAAGUACUUGGUUGUCAUUAUAAUUUUCACAAUUCUUCCUAGAUCAGUAGAAAUAUUUAUAUUCGUGUGCAUGUGCAUUGUCUUUUAUUUAUAAAAUUUAAAAAAUUUGUAAAAGGGUUCAUUGGCUUGUAGCUUUAAUUUUGGUGGGCCUCUUCGCUUGUCUUUGUUAAAAGUGGGGAGCCCCUACAACAAGUACAGCUUUUGAUAACACCUGUUGCAUUAUAUUACACAUUUAUUUAAUUUUUAUUUAUGACAACAAAUUUCGCUACCACAAUCUGUACAUUCAUGGUUAAGUUGAACAAUUCAAUUGAUGCAUAACAUAAUGAACAGUGAGUGAGCAAAUGUUACGUAUAACUCGCAAAAAAACAAAUUUGUUUGGAAUAAUACUAGCGAAAUUCGUUUUACAUUUAAGAGGACAAUAUUUAUGUUUGUAACAAACAGUUUUGAAACAAACAAAAAAAAAAUUUUAGCCAAAUUCAGGGGCGAUGAACUUCAUUUUCUCCUAUGACCUGCACUAUUGACUAACUCCUCUCUUUUUCCCGUAUUGAAACUAAUUUUUUUGUAAACUAUUUUUUUUUUGGACUGUCAUAACGACUGCUCUCGGGUAUGCAUGAAAAAAGAGUGCAGUCAAACUUUAGCUAUUUCUGGCUUUUUUUCGAAUGUACUAGGUAAAAGAGCGGCAGUGUUUCACAUCCUCGUCAAGCUAUGCCGAUAUCCGUAUCAUUUACAUCUAUGGGCUUAUGCGGGCAAAAUUAGAAGUUUAGUCACAUGUACGGAUGGGAGAAUCGUCGAUACGAUUGGAGUGCUCAUGGGUAGAAAGUUUUUUCAACUUUAGGAAUAAGGCGUCGACCACCCCUUUAAAACCCAAUUGCGACCUGGAAGAUUUGCUUUGAAAAACAAUUUCGCAGCUACAGAUUUUCUCCUUUCACUCUCAUCAGAGGAAGUUCAAAAACAUAUGCAUUUGCAAGAUACGCCGCAUAAGGUUCAAAAUGUGCAUGGCAUGUACACAAAAGCUCGUAAAUAUAUAUGUUACACCCCUUACCAUUGACUUCUUGAGUUUAGCUCGUUAAUCUCUUUUAUAUUGGCCUCUUCAACCUUUAUAUAGGCUAAGGAUUCUUUUAAAGAGUGACUUGAGUAAAUCAUAGUCACCGCUCUCCUCGUGACUACUUUACUCUUCCCUAAAUAUGACUGAGAAAGUGUGCUCCUUCAAUUCAAUUUUAGAAGCUGUGAAUGUCGAUACGGAUGUUCGCCCUGAGUUAGAGCAUAACAAACAUUUUAUUUCAAGCAUUUCAAGUACAAAUGACGGUUCCUCGCUUGCACAUGAAAGAGACCUAUCGCAGGCGGCUUUAAAUGUGCCGCCAUCCGAUGAAAUGGAAUCAUCUAGCGACUAUCCUCUGGAUUCCUCCGGCAGAAAUUUUCAUUUGAUGCCAAGCGACGGUGAUGCAGGCAGCGCUAAUGGUACGGUUAUCACCUCAGCCACAAGUAAUGCUGUGGACUACUAUUCAACAAUGCAUAGCUCACAACUUUUGGCUUUAUCCAGCGAUUCGUCACCAUUAAAUUACAAUCAAAUUCCAGGCAAUAGUGCAACAUCGGCGUUGACAAGGACUGGAACUGCUAAACCAAUAAUAGCACAAAGUGUAGCUGGGAAAGCUUGUCGAUUUCCCAAGCUUGAAGAGUGUGCUCAUUUUCAUUAUGAACGCGUUCAAUUAGGGCCAUUGACGGUGCGUCUUGUGGAUGAUAAAUCGGAUUUGCUGACCAAUAGUAUUGCCUCACAAUCUAUUGGUGGCGAUAUAGCUAGUUCAACUGGCACAGCCGGGAUGGGGCUCACAUCUUUGCGGCCCUUUUCGCCUUCUUCGUGUUGGUUUAUAAUUAAAGUCCUACCGCAUCGCUCCGACGCAUUUCUUAUUAAACGUUCCUUUGAUAAUGUGCAAAUGUUAGACGAAAUGUUGCAUCGUUGUGUUUAUGAUCGCAAAAUUAGUGGCCUAAGGAAUCUAAAAGAAGUCGAAUUUAAAACGGAAGAAGAGGUUGAAUAUUUGGUGGUCAAAUACUUAGAAAGGUUUUCGAAAAUCGCUUCAGAUUCUCUGACUUGUGGUACGAUAUUGACGUGGUUUCAAUUAGAUAACAAAGGAAGGCGUUUGCCAUUGGCUGAUGGGGAUACAAUGCGUUCGAUUAACACCCCUGCUGUGGGUGCUGCUUACGGUGUUAGACGUUAUCAGGCUCAGGCUUCGGAUGAAAUCUCUAUCGAAGUCGGCGAUAUGAUAUCGGUUAUUGACAUGCCAUCACCAGCGGAGUCGAUUUGGUGGCGUGGCAAAAAGUCGCACUUACAAAAAUCUCACUAUGAAGUUGGAUUUUUUCCGCAGUCGUGCGUUGCAACCAUUGGUGAUAAAGUACCUCGUAAUUUUCCUAUGCCAGCUCCAUUGGUGGGCCAACUGGAUGUUUCACCAACUAAACCAGUCUUACGUAAACAUGGCAAGCUUAUAGCCUUCUUUCGGUCCUUUAUUCUUUCGCGCCCUUCACGGCGCCGUCUAAAACAAAGCGGCAUUUACAGAGAGCGCGUUUUCUCCUGUGAUCUCUCCGAGCAUUUACUAAAUAGCGGUCAAGAAAUACCGAUGGUGUUGAAGUGUUGUGCCGAAUUCAUUGAAGAAUAUGGUAUUGUGGAUGGCAUAUAUCGUUUGUCGGGUAUAACCUCAAAUAUACAAAAACUGCGACGAGCCUUUGACGAAGAGCGUGUACCCGAUUUGGGAAAUCCUGAAAUGAAACAAGAUAUUCAUGCCGUUAGUUCUUUGCUAAAAAUGUAUUUUCGUGAACUUCCAAAUCCUUUAUGUACGUAUCAAUUAUACGAUAAUUUUGUGGAAGCUAUACAAGCAAAGAGUGAAACAAAUGAACGGCUGCGUCUGAUGAAGGAGACAGUGUUGAAACUUCCACCGCCACACUACAGAACUUUACGAUACCUAUCAGAGCAUUUAAACAAAAUUUCUCAGCAUUCGGAACGGACGGGUAUGACAGAUAAAAAUCUAGCAAUAGUCUGGGCACCGAAUUUACUUCGAUCCCCCGCUUUGGAGUCGGGAGGAGUGGCUGCUUUAAGGGGCGUCGGUGUUCAAGCAGUUGUCACCGAAUAUUUGAUCAAAAAUUGUCAUCACAUUUUCGAUGUUUUGGAAGAGUCCGCGACGCGUUUAAGCUAUAUAGCGACUCAAGGAGCUCAACCAAUCAUGACAGACUUGCGAAUGGAUAGUCUAACCGACUGUGAGAGUUUGUUGGUAGAGCAGCGAGAACACGAUCAGUCUCUGUCCAGUGUAGAAAGACCGAAAAGUCUUAGUGCCGGAGGUCCAAAACUGAUAAGCUUAGAAGAAGCUCAAGAAAGACAUAUGAAAUUAGAUGGAUUCGAUAUGAAACAAUCUAUGCCCAUUAAUAUGAUGGCUAGUGUUAAUGCGGGUACUAACAUAGGAUCCUAUAUAGAAGUCGGCGGCGGUCCUUCAAGUUUGCCUGAUAAAUAUCAUACAGUUCUAUCAGUACCACGUAGUUGGCAGAAACGUAAGACUCACUCAUGGAAGUCGCUUUUUACGCGCACUCAACGCCCUGUAAGUAAUGGGGCAACACAAGACAUGAAGUCUUCCAUUUCAGCACAUGCGCAAACAAGUAGUGGUAAUGCUUCUGUAUCGACGUUAGGUAGACAGAAAGAAUCUGCCGUCACAUUUGCUGAUACUGAUCAGAUUGCUGUUUUGAAUGGAAAAUCGGUGGUAAAAAGUUCAUUGUUGAAGCGAGAUGAUAAACACAAAUCUAUUGAAUUAUACGAAACGUCACAUUCAUACUGCGGUGAAGGCAGUAAACCUAUUGAAGUAUGUGUACGCUCUAAUUCCAUAGACAGUUUAAGGACAGCGGGACAUUCACGUUCGGUGUCUCACGAUUCAUACUUUGAUAUUUUACAGUCUCCUCAGCGAGCCCAAAUGACGACUUGCCCCUCGAGGGAACUUUCCGAAUUGGGGUUAAAUUUCGAUCGCGAGGAACCCGAAAUGCGGAUAUUCUCUGAAAGUGAAUCAUUGGUUAGUUCUCCGCGGGUAGGUAAAGAGAAUAUACCACCAUCAUCAGGUUUUACGACGCGUCGUGUUUUGCGAGCUCGACCCGAAGAGUUUUCCAGUCAGACAAACAGUGUCAAUCCUAGCCCCAAAAAGCAACCACGUUUGAAUUUGUUACUCUCUCCUUCCUCCGCAGCCAACCCCAAUAACUGGCCUCAAGGCAAUACCGGCCCCGAUGGUGUUGGGAGCGAUUGCAACAGCGACAAUUGUCUAGAACACACCGGUGAUGAAAGUGGUUCUAAGCGUUAUAAACUCGAAGAUCAACUUUCAGAUAUACAGUACAUCGAUUGUGGUACCCCAGAACAUAGCAUAUCCAACCCUCAAACUGUAUAUGCAAAUGCCCAAAUACAUGGAUCUGCUAAAUCUGGCGUAUCAAAAGGCUGCUGUAGUCAUGUUACCGAAAUAAUGUCAGAAGAUGCGGCUAAAAUGAAUACGAAUUUACAUAAUAACCCCGCGCGUUACAGCUACCCUACGGUUCAUUUAGGUACAAAGCGCAAAGACCAGGAUAAUAAUGUUUUGACUGGAAGUGGAGGCAGUCAAGCCAAGGAACGCUUUAGUUAUCCCGGUUCUACACUAAGUAAUGAGAGACGUUUCUGCCCCAAGGACUCAAUAAGUAAAAUGUUAGUAGAAGAAAUAGGAAGAAGCAAAAAUCAGAAAGUUUGCAAUAGUAGCGUGAACUCUAGAACGGUGCAUCUCAGUGGUUCUCGCACCACCAGCAAUUCCACUAGUUCUUCUCCCAAAACUUUGAAACAUCAUAUGGCAGCUAAACCCGGGUCAUACGACCUGUUAAAAGUAAAAAAUCGAAAUAGUUAUUGCUGCAGUAUAAGUGAUACAUUGCAGCAACAACUGCUACGUAGUUGUUCGGCAGAGAUAGCUGAAGAUAAUGCGGGAGUGUUUCAUAACAAAAUAUUGUCGAAUGAAAUGGAAUUAUCGAAAAUAUCAGUUACACCCUCUUCUCCUUUGCAAAGUCCUCGCUAUUCUUUGCUGCUUGCCGGCGAUACGAGUUCAGAGAAUAGUUCGGCGGUACAAACGCCACAGCACGACUUGGAUCCACUGAUGGUGAGCUCUGUUAUGUCGGGCAUUUCAGCGGCCUCCUCAAACCAAGUACAUCAGUUAUUGCUGGGUAUGGACUCAGCCAGCUAUUUGGACUCUUCGCAUGAGAGCUUGGAGAGUAAUCAUUCCGAUAAACGUGAUAUGCAAGCCUUAAGAUGUGAAUUAUCUCUGGAUUUGAAUCCUUUGAGCACAAAGUUCCACUCUACAAUCCCCGACUUGACAGUGCAAAGAUUACAACAGAAUUUGAAUUCACCUAACAAUUCAAAUAUCACAGACAACACGAGCCAAUCUGUAACUCCUAGUGAAUUUGGCUACCAGCAUUUACAAAGACAGCUAAGCAUACAUUCACUCUUGGGAACGGAAGAUAAUUCGCCAACUUAUGAAGAAUAUGAAAAUACUCCUAGCAAUAUGAAUUCGCCUAUGAAAUUGGUUUCUAGUCCUCUGAAAGCGACAAUAAAUAUUACUUACAACAUGAAGAGCCCCACAAAAGAAGAGCUAAAAAGUAAUAUGAAAUGCUCUUUGAGCGGUAAAGAGAAGCCAUAUAGUAGAGCUUUGUUGGAAACUAGUUUUGAUGAAACCACUGUUUAUGAACAAGUAAAAUUUUUUAGAAAUUCUGUAACCGAAGUUAAUGAACUAUUAAACGAAGGCAGUAAAUAUCAAGUUCCGGAAUUGGAAAAUUUGGCUGAGGUAGAAGAGUUAAGUGACAGCGAAAAUGAAGAUAAAGAUAAUGCAGUGAAAAUCGCGGAACAGAAGCUUUUGGAUUUUGAAGAAAAACAUAAAGAAAAUAUUGAGGAUAUUAAUAUGUUGGAGGGCGCAUUGGCACGUGAUAAAUUGUUGCUCUAUGAAAACAUAGAAUUGCGUAAACCUAGUAGGGUUUAUCAGAAUUUGUUAGGAGAAGAAAUGAAACAUAACAAUCAACAAGACCAAGAUGAAACUGUGAAGCUAUUAGAAAAUGAAGAUGAUGAGGAGGAAGAAGAAGUGGAACUAGAUAGUUUGGAUAGCAUUAAGGAAAGAGAAGUUCCAAGUACAGAAAUCUCUACUGCAGCUAGGAGGUCACCUUCAAAUCUUAGUGUGAAAGAAUUGGCUACGCGAUUUGAGCACUCACCGGUUGAAUCUUUGCCAACAUUGGAUUUUGUGUCUAAUUCACGCAGUUCAAUAAGACGACCUUUAAUAUCUCAGACCACCGACAAAUCUGCUAAACUUCCGCAGACGUCUUCUAACAUAAUCAAAUCAAAACUUAACAAAAUCCCUCAAAUAACACGUUCCUUAGAUGAGAAUGCGUUUGUACGAGAAUUUGGUAUGAAAACAUUGCAAGAUUUUAAUAUAAGAUGUUCUCAACAAUUAUCUGAUUCCUCAGAGAUUAACCGUCGGAGAAAAAGUUUCGAUUUCACAAAGCCUAAAACACUAAAUCCUCCUAAACGUUUACCUGGUGUACCGAUAACAGAAGAAGCGGUUUAUGUCAAGUUGGCAGGAAAAGCGUCUUCAAAAAUUGAUUUGCUCAAAGAAAAUAAUUUCAAUACCUUAUGGAGUCCAAAUGACUCCUCAUUGGAACAUGAUUAUGAAUCUGCAGAAUUGAAAAUAACACCAACAACGGAAAAUCGCAUCUCAUUGAUACAGAAUAACGUGGCGAUUGCUACCAAUGAAAUUUCACCGAGUGCUCACAUAUCUGCCGAUUUAAACAAUUCUAAUUUAACGCCUGUCAAUACUAGUUUAAAAGUUUUAUCUGGCGUUAAGUUAGAUCGUGAAAGAAUUGAUCGUAUCAAGGAAGAGCGGCGGCAACAAUUAACUCAAAAGUACCAUACGGACUCAUUUAAAUCGAAAUCUAAAACUGAUUUGCAUACUUAUAAGAACGAUGAUGAAAAAUUUUCCAAUGACUUGUCGUUACGCAUCAAAUCCAAAUCACGCGCCGAUAUGCGUACUUUGCAAAGAGACAUGGACAACUUAAAAGAGUUUGGUUGCAAUCCCCCUAUUACUGCGGUAUCAGAGUUAACACUCAAUAUACCAUGUCGUAUGCGCAGUAUAUCCGAUGAGAAAAACCAGAACGUUUGUGAUAAUAGCACUGCUACUGAUAGAAGUUUAGCAGAGGUGGGCAACAACGGUUCGGGAAUAUUAAAAGAUGGUAAUCGGAAAGAACCUGAAGAAUAUUCGGCUCGGGCCACUGUGCAAAAAUUUGAACGUAAAAGCAGCGAUUUUGCUAAUGGUAUCGCAACUACUUUAAUGAGCGGCCGCGAACGUCAAAAGUCAAUAGAACCUGCAACGUUAGCAACAAAUACUAGUACAGGCAGAAGCAGCUCAAUUGCGAACCGUGAAAAAAUAUCUCCACAAUUUUCCAUACGCGAUGUUACGGCUAUGUUUGAAUCUCGUUCACAAAAUCAAUAGUAAAUUAAAACGAAAAUAUAAAAAAAAAAAUAUGUUAAGAAAAUGUAUUGAUUAACAAAAAGGAACAAUAUCCUCAAGACGACGAGUGAAGAGAUUUUUUUAUAUAUAAUAGAUAGUGUUAGUAUAGACAUUACUCCAAUAUUUAACUAAGUUGUAUUGAAGAAUUCUCUUUUAAAACCCAAAGACUUGAUUGAAAAAAAUCUUUUCUUGCUUAAUUCUCAGCAUUUACCAUACUCAUAAAUCAUUGCUUCAAAGAUUAAACACAAUGUAUGUAUUCUAUAUUAAAGACUGAAUCUCAACCGAUGACAUUAACUGCCUGUCAGCCUGUUAAAAUUACGGGUCCAUUUGCAAAAUUUGAAUGCGUAAACUAGCAGCAAACGGUUAUCGUUGAUUCCAAAAUUUUUAAAAGCAAAGCUGUUUCGUCAUUAAUUUAAGAAAGGAGGUUCAAUGGUUAACUUAUAAUACUCGAAUUACGUAAUUUUUCUCUUAAUUUUGCUCUCACACAAAGAUAAGAUGAACUUUUGAAAUUUGUCUUUGUUAUGAACUUGCCGGCAGUGUCACGAUCAACAUUUUAAAUUUAGUCGUUUUUUGGUCUCCUUUGUUUUAAUCCGUACCUGCCGAAUGAAUAUAUACUAAUCGAGACUUUUAGUUUCUUAUGCCUAGAAAUGCACACUGCACACGCACAACAAUUGGUGAAAAAGUUGAACAUUGGAUUUUAAAAUGGUUUUAUUAAUAAUGUUAUUGCCGAUUAGCAAAAAAAACUUUGCGACAAUACUUUUGCCUGUUUUCCGAGUAACUAUUAGUUUGCGUCAACUAGCUUGCAAUGUUUCGUUUCUGUCUGUGUAUUUCAUAAUUAUUUAAAUUUUUUUUAAAAAGCAUUUGCUCUUAUUUUAAUAAGAAUAUUUUUCCUUUUAAUUAU